AUGAUUGGAUUGCACAAUGCGGAAUAUACUCUAUAUUCAUCGCCCUUCUCACUCUACUCGAUGAUGGCUCGCCACACUGUCCAACUCGGCCCCACGACGUAUGGUGCAAAACCGCCUCAAAAGAUCACCCUUGGAUUCGUCAACCACGGCAAGAACGAGAAUUUGAGGGAGUCAUACCUCAAAGUGAACCCCAAAGGCCAGGUUCCCGCAAUGACCGGCAACGUCCUCGAGCGCGCACUUACCGACAGCCACUCCAUCUCACUCUACCUAGCCGAAAAGCACUACCCAGCCAUGCUUCCACCCCAACAUGAGACCAUCAUCAGGGACCUCCUCAAGAGAAUCCAUGCCAUAUAUGGUCUAUCCUUCAAUAAGAAGAAGCCGACACCAGAGAUGAUGCAACACAAUCCUUCACCCGCGGAGGAUAUUCUGAGGAGGACGGAUAUCAGCCCUGAGUACCGCAAAGCUCUCGAAGUGAAACUUACAUUUCACAACGAGAAUAAUGGCGUGGCUUUCCAGCCGGCCAUCGUGGCCAAAGCAUACACAGACUUGCGCGCGAUCUUCACCGAGAUCACAGAGCAUCGCAAGCAAAGCGGUGUUUCUAACGACGCGGAUUGGACCUUUGGAGCUGAGGUAGGUCCAACGGUCCUUGACAGCCAUCUUCUUCCGCUUGUGCUCCGCUGCAUCGAGGUUGGCAAUGAUGAGCUCAUUCCCCAGGAGCUUCAACGUUGGGCUGAAAUCAAAGUAAAAGGUCCUGUGUGGCAGAAGGUUAUGCACGGCAGGCCGACAAGGUGGGACCCUUCCAUGGGCCCGGUUGAAGAAAUGCAGGACAUGAUGUCAUUCUAA